CUUUUAGUGUAUUAUGGACUCUUUAUUCGCUUUUAAACUUAACACCGUCUGAUAAAGAGACUUUUAUUUCGUGUUUUAAUCAACUGUAGCCGACGUGAGCCAUUUCCAGCUCUAAGGAUUCGAUCGUCAGCCUUCUCGAUGGAGUCGUAUAGAGUCAGUGGCCUUCCAAACCACGGACUGCAGCAAAACUACGCUCACCCUGCUCGUGCAAGAAAUCAAAACAGUAGCUAUGGCCUCAGUAUCAGAGUCCAAGGCAUAGACGGACACCCGUACGUGGUUCUGAACAAUCAAGACCGACUGAACAAUCCUUAUUCAGCAUCCAACAAUGGGUUCACUGAUUCCGAAGGGUCCUUCAUAGAAAACUAUCAAGAAUACGACUUCAGAGGAACCAGGGAGAAUCUCUCAGACAACCCGUUUGCUGAGUAUCGAUCCCAGCAUCUGGUUCAACACGUCGAUCCUUACAACGGUAUCUCUGACCCCAGAGAGCCUCAGAAGAAACCAACCAGUCUGCUCAACUUUCAUAGGCACCCAGAGAUCCUCAAACCUUACGAUCCAGAGCUCAAUACCCUUAAUAAUUUUCCAAGCACUCCAGCCCAGCCUCUGUCCUCCACUGAUACUAGAAACGCUCUACCCAGAACCACCUCUCCUGCUGCCAACCAACCAAAAGCCACAGAUCCACCAGCACAGAAAGUGUCUCAGUCACAGGUUUUACCUCAACCAUAUCAGGCUAGAGCUCAACCUCAAAAAGUUCCAUCUAGAUCCCAGACUCAGUCUCAGCCUGGGACGAAACCUUUAAAUAAAUCCCUAUCCCAGCCCCAGUUUCAGCCUACGUCUUCACAACCUGCGCAACACCUUCCAUUUUCUCAGAUGCCUGCCUCAAGCAUUUCCAAUGAUCAGUCCUCCUACAGGACCCAAAGUUCAGCAAGCAGCACUAACUCCAGCCUGGAGCGGAGUCGCAGAGAGCCAGAUGUUCUUCCAUUACGAAGAACCGACUCCAGUGGGCCUGUGCUCCAGUCGUCCCGCUCCCGAAAUUCCUCCGUAUCCUCUAUGACCAAGGAAGAGCAGCUUGACGCGCUAUACGGGGACUCCGUGAACCGCCAUGAGAACCGCCGUUACAUUCCCUUCAUGCCCGGAACAGGGCGAGACAUCGACACCGGCUCGAUCCCUGGUGUGGACGAGCUUAUCGUUAAGUUCGAUGGGAAAGAGAGCCAGCAGAGAAGAGGUCGGACGGGCCGCAGGAAUCGGAUCAACCCAGAAGACCGCAAACGCUCCCACAGCGUGGAUAGCGCUCUGCCUUUCGGACUGCAGGGUGACGCCGAGUACCUGGACGAAGUGAGUCGGAAUCGAGGACGGUCCACAGAGCGGCUGCUUAAACCCUCGCAGGUGGUUCAAAAGUCGCCAUUUUCUUCUUGCUCUGUGGGACGAAGAGGAAACUUGUCGUGGGUCAACAGUGAACCUAGUUCUCCACAAGAAGCAGCACCCAGUGUUACAAAUUCACUCAUCAUCUCCAGAAAGCCACUGAGUCGUCCCUCAAUCCUUCCUGCGGGGAACAGUGGAACCGAGGCUAAGAGAAAAACGCAAACUGCCAGGACUGUGACCAGUGUGGCGACUACAUCCCUGUCUAAAGGUCUUACAGACUGCAGCAAAAAGACAAGUGCAGAAACGACACCCGAUCUUCUGAGAGGUCAGCAGGAGCUCUCACAGCAAACGCAUGAGGAGACGGCCAAGCAGAUCUUAUUCGGUUACCUUAAAGAUGGCAGCAUCGAUAGCGAUGACACCACCAAGAGGAAGGUCAACCUGGUGUUUGAGAAAAUCCAGACUCUGAAGUCACGGGCCACGAGCGGCAGCGUGCAGGGUGACAGUACGUCUCUGGACCCUUUAGCACAAGCCAAAGCCCUGCAAGAGCAGAAAGCUGAACUGCAAAAAGAAAUUACUCAUCUCAGAAAGCAACUGCAAGAGGAAAACAAGAAGCAGAAGGGGUUGAGCACGGCUCAGGCGACAGCUGGAACUGGACUGAGAGACCUGCAGAAUAGACUCCAGUUAAGUCAGGCUGAAUGUGACAGACUGCGUGACAAGCUGGCUAAAACAGAAGCGGACCUACGCACCACACUUGAAGAACUGUUCCAGGUGAAGAUGGAGAGAGAAAAGUAUCAGACAGAGAUCAGGGAUUUGCAGGAUCAGCUGUCGGAGAUGCACGAUGAGCUGGACAGAGCCAAGCGCUCACAGUCGGACAGUGCAGAGAAAGAGUCCAUGAUGGAGGACAUAAUGCAGCUGAAGCUGGAUCUCCAGGAUGUGCUGAUGGUUAAAGAGGAGCAGGAGGAUUUGCUGAAGAAGCGCGAGAGGGAGCUGACCGCUCUGAAAGGAGCUCUGAAGGAGGAGGUGUCCACUCACGACCAGGAGGUGGAUAAACUGAGGGAGCAGUAUGAGAAGGAGCUUCGUAAACUACAGACGUCCGUCGAUGAGGCUAAGCAGGGCAAUGCAGCAGUGUUUAAGCAGAAGUCGGAGAUGGAGGCAGCGAGGGGGGCAGCCGAGAGCCAGGUUGGGCGGCUCUCUAACGAGGUGGAACGGUUGAGGAGGAGAGUACAGGAGCUGGAGAACGAGGUCGCCAAACUCAACCGCAUCAUCGACGAGGCCAAAACGCAGGAGAGUCGGCUGGCAGAGAAGGCGAACCGCACCGAGAGAGAUAAGAAGCAGCUGGCGGAGUCACUUGCCGAAGUCAGGGAGCAGGAAGAGGAAAUGAGCCGGGCCAAUCGGGCUCUGACCAUACGUCUGGAGGAUGUAAAGAGAAACUUUAGCAAAUUGACGCAGGAGCACAAGGAGCUGGAGGAGCGUAUCAAGGACGAGAGGAGUCAGAAGGAGCAGUUUAGAAACACAAAGAAUGAGAUCGAGGAGGAGAGGAGGCUGCUGGACAGAACUGUAGAAAAACUCCAGAGAGAGAUGAGUGAGAUCGUGGAGGUAUCUCAGAUCUCAACUCAGGAGCUGCAGGUGCAGAUCGACGCCUAUAAGGAGAAGAACAGGAAGGAGUUCACUGAGCUCCAGAGACAGCUGAGAGAUGGAGGACUGGAGCUGGAGAAAUCUCGCCUCACUGCCAAGUCUCUGCAGGAGCAGGCCGCACAACUGGAGGACAAUCUGCGAGCGUGUAAGAGAGAGCGAGACGAGGUCGAGGAGCGAGCAAAAGCUCUACAGCAGAAAGUCUUUGAGCUGGAGGUGGAUGCUGACACCAAAGUUCAGAGUACCGACAAAUCAAGGCAUAUCAAACUGUUAGAGGAGCGGCUCUCUCAAUUGGAGAUGGAUCUAGACGAGGAGAGACAGAGCGGAGAUCUGCUGAUGGACAGAAUUGAUCGAGGAAGGGAACAGGUGGAGCAGUUAAGAAACGAGCUGUUGCAGGAGAGAGCCACUAGGCAGGACCUGGAGUGUGACAAGGUCGCUUUAGAGAGACAGAAUAAGGAUCUAAAAAGCAGGAUCACUCAUCUGGAAAGCUCACAAAGGUCCAGUAAGGAGGGACUGGUGGCUCAGAUGGAGAGUCGAAUCCAGGAGCUGGAGGAGAGACUGGAGGCCGAGGAGAGGGAUCGGGCGAACCUGCAGCUGGUAAACCGUAGGUUAGAACGGAAGGUGAAGGAGAUGGUGAUGCAAAUGGAUGAUGAGCAGCAUUCACUGCAGGAUCAAAAAGAUCAGCUAAACCUGCGUCUGAAGGCUCUGAAGAGGCAAAUGGAUGAGGCGGAGGAGGAGAUCGACCGACUGGAGCAUGGCAAGAAGAAACUGCAGAGAGACCUGGAGGAACAACAGGAGGCCAACGAGCAGCUCCAAAAUCAGCUCAAAGCACUGCGCUCUGAAAUGAGGCGAAAGAACAACUCCACCACGCUGCUGAACAGCCUGGAUGAUGAUGAAGACGACGAUGACGAUAUCAGCACUGACGGAGAGACUUACUUCAGCUCAACAUCGGGGUUCAAGCGAUCCGGCAGUCAGGACACCAUCAGCAACGCGUGACGACCGUGUAAAAAAUAGGAGUGUUUGUGAGUUUGAGUGUGUACAUGAGAGUGAGCGUCGGGUCACCGCGGUCACAAAACAAUCCUUUUUUUAUUUUGUUUUCUUUAUUAGGUUUUUAUUAGUCAUGACUUUUAUUUGGAAAUGAUUUUAUAUUACACUAUUGUUUAUUGCAACACUAAUUUCUUUUAACAAAAAAUCUCUUUAUUUUAACGCUUUGCCUUAGAUAAUGCCUGUGAAUCUUAAAAAUAACAUUUAAAACUGUAAUUUAUUAUUACUAAGAAUAUGAAGGAAGAAAUACUGAAGGCUAGAAACUUAGAACCAAGGGGAAUUUGUAAUGGGCUGUUUUUGCAUUUACAAAACUUUACUGUAUCCAAUAUACAAAAUAUUCUUAUACAACCAGCUAUUAUUUUUAUUAGAGUGUUUUCAAUGUUACUCUUUUUUCCUGUGAACGGACACUUGUCCAUGCUGCUCUGCCUCUUGUGUGCUUCUCUGCUCACGUUCAUGACCUGUUCAUGUUAAAAGACUAAAAGCCUGUCUCGCAAAGUGAGGGUAACAAACCACGCUGUGCUGCACAAAACAGUGUUAUAGAUGUUAUAUAAACUUUUGUCUUUAGGUGUUUUUUCAUUUUCAAGCACCUGCUCGUCCUGUGUUCAAUAAAUAAUUUGGUAUUUUUUUUAACCUGAAUGUUAAUCAAGCGUGGACAACUUUCUAAAUGUUUUCCUGUAUUAACAAAGAAGAAGAAAUGUUAAAUGAACCACUGCAAAUUUAAAAAUACUCUGAUCAGAAUUGGUUGGACUGUGUUGGUAAUGCACAAACCUGAUUAGUUCCAUCUCCAAAAGGUAACACCAGCAGCAUAUAACAUCCUGGCUUUUAUUCCAUCUGGCAGUUACUUAUCUUUCUAUGUAAUGGAACAGGACGGUUUGUUGUUUUACUGUUUGUUGUUGCAUUUAAUGUGGUGGUUUCAUCAAACACAAGCAGCUCAUUUGUCACCCAUGCCUGACACCUUUUUGUCUCCAUGGCUAAUUAAAAUGAAAAAUUCAGCAGCUCUGACCACCCUAACAACUGCUGUCAAACAUUUUUUAUUCUUAUCAGAAGGAAACAUUCUGAAACUAAUGUUUGCAAUCGAGAAGAUUCAGUGACGUAGCGCUGAAGUGUUUUGUUGCUUUUGAUAUGUUUAUUUAAAGCACUUUCAGGUCAGCUUAACAGCCAACGCUUUACUCAUUCACCAUUCAGAUUAGUAACGUCGUGUUUUGUUCUGUUCUCAGUUUAUUCAUAUGCAGGAACAAUAGAAAAUGGUUUGGGGUGUGGACGUGUGAAUAAUAAUACUGUUACGUUUGGAAUAAUGCCGGGAUGUGUCUAGAGCCAGGAGUUUCAGGGUGGACAAAACCAGCUCACAUUGUGGUUCACUUUACCGCCAGUUUUGUCUGCACUGUUCGUUCAUCAUUAACAUUCACAAAUAUUUGAAUAGAGUGAAAACAUUUGUCACAAAUAAGAGAAAUAUGAAUGCAGCAGCUAUUUCACUGAUCUGUAUGAUAUGCCUGAAUUAAUUUGUGUCGUUAUGUGCAGUUAAAGUAAUGGGUCAUUUUUUUUAGCUCUGGAACCCUGUCAGCUGAAGAGAAGAGAAGAUAAUAGUCUGUGCUCACACAUCUAACAGAAAGCAAACGUUACUCGUUACUGUCAACGUCUUGAUUCGGCUUGUCAGUGGUUCGUUAUACUUACCCACAGCUGUAUGACUAAUGUGAUUCCUUUCUGAUGUACAGCUUUUUUUAUGUACAGUUUUAUUAUACGAUGCUGUUCUGACAAUCGACAUUCCUGUGAUACACUGUGAUUAUUUGCACUGUAUAUUGUGCACUGUAUUUUAUUUUACACAUCUGUGGCCUGUAAGCACGUUCAGUUUAGAAUUCUCAGUGAGAAAAUGACAGCUUUCAAUACAACUCUAUAGCUGAGCCAAACACAGAAGUGUUAAUGUUUAGACGUGGACAAUUUAUUAAUGCUUUGUGUUUUGUAGUCCGCUCAGCUAUAGAGCCGUGGUGAAUGCUGGCUCACUGACCGGAAUCAGAUCAUUUAGAUUUGGUUUGAAUUGUACCUGUUACUGCAACACUACUAGUUUAAUAGAACAUAGCGCUUCUGGAAAGAGAACGAUUAAUCCUGUCACUACCUCUGUAUGCAUUUAUAUAUAUAUACUGUAUAUAACUACAAUACAAGAAAACGCAAUAAAACUUCCCACAGUUA